AUGUUUUAUUUCCAUUGCCCGCCGCAGCUGGAGGGCACUGCGCCCUUCGGCAACCAUUCCACAGGGGACUUCGAUGAUGGCUUCCUGCGCAGAAAGCAGCGCCGGAACCGGACGACCUUCACUCUCCAGCAGCUGGAAGCUCUGGAGGCCGUCUUUGCCCAAACACACUACCCAGAUGUCUUCACCAGGGAAGAGCUGGCCAUGAAAAUAAACCUCACCGAAGCCAGAGUGCAGGUUUGGUUCCAGAACCGAAGAGCCAAAUGGAGGAAAACAGAGAGAGGGGCCUCGGACCAGGAGCCAGGGGCCAAGGAGCCCAUGGCCGAGGUGACGCCGCCGCCCGUGAGGAACAUCAACUCACCGCCGCCCACGGAUCAGGCCCGGAGCAAGAAGGAGGCACUGGAGACCCCGCAGAGCCUGGGCCGAGCGGUGGGCCCUGCAGGGCCGUUUUUCCCAUCCUGCCUGCCGGGGACGCUGCUCAACACCGCCACCUACGCCCAGGCCCUGUCCCACGUGGCCUCCCUGAAAGGUGGCCCACUCUGCUCCUGCUGUGUCCCGGACCCCAUGGGACUCUCCUUCCUGCCCACUUACGGCUGCCAGAGCAACCGCACAGCCAGCGUGGCAGCCCUGCGCAUGAAGGCCCGCGAGCACUCGGAGGCCGUGCUGCAGUCAGCCAACCUCCUGCCGCCUGCCAGCAGCAGCCCUGGCCCUGGCCCUGCCACCAAGCCCACUGCCCCAGAUGGUGGCCAGGACAAGACAACAUCUACCAAGGACCAGAGCGAGGGCGAGCCGGGUGUAUGA